GUGUAAAAUACCCAAACUAAUCCUCGAAACCUCAGUCUAAUUCAGCACUUCUUCCCCUCGCAACAAGGCCUAAACAGAAAAGGGAGAACGACGAGAACAACAAUGGCGUCGGCGUUGAGAUCUGCUAUACUCCGCCACAUCCGGGUCCCGGCAACCCAAGCCUUAGCUGCAAAUGGAUCGAGGCUAACCGCUGUCAGAUUGAUGUCGUCGCACGAUGACCAUAUCACCAAAGAUGAGGUCAUCAACAGAGUCCUUGACGUCGUCAAAUGCUUCCCCAAAGUCGAUCCUUCCAAGGUGAGCCCUGAAGUCCACUUUGAGAAGGAUCUGGGCUUAGACAGCUUAGAUACAGUUGAGAUUGUAAUGGCUCUGGAGGAAGAGUUCAAACUGGAGAUUCCAGACAAGGAAGCUGUCAGGAUAGAAUCCUGCGAACAUGCAAUUGAGUAUAUUUAUAAUCAUCCAAUGUCUAGUUAAACUCAAUGCAUCUUUGUUUGUUUGCAUUUGUUCAUCAAAAUCAAAGGUACACUUGCUCCUUGUCGUUUGACUAGUUCAAGGUUGUAGAAUUUUGAUCCUCUUGAGAGAGGCAAUAAUCAGACUCUUUGGAAGACCAAUUGCUCAGGCUUUGCCAUUGAGGAUUAUAUCAUCAUUUUGUUGCUUUUCUGGAAGACAUGACUCAGUAUUUAUUCUGUUAGCGUCUUUCCUCUUAUAAUAUCCGAAUGCCACAAAAUUCAAGCUUGCUUUGAUUGUUGCACUGAUUUGAAAAA